ACUAUCACCACAUUUGCGUGAGUAUAUAUUCCCCUACUUGACUGGAAAAUAAUUCAUUUAGCCCAAUGUCGAUCGAUUCACCCGACCAAUUAGACAGCACCCAACAAGUCUUGAAACUGACCUACAACCAACUCCGGACUAUAUGCAAGCGACACGGCUUCAAUGGGCGUCGCAAGAAACAAGAACUCCAACAUGACCUUAUCUCCAAAUUCGGGCUCACCCCAAUCAAAAGGCGUGAGACUGAAAGUGUCCACAGAGUAAACGAACAAGAACUGAUUAACACCAUCGAGGCAGAACUAACCUGCCACAUUUGCUACUCUCUACUGAAGCAGGUUGUGUUGGCCUUUACUCCAGAGUGUGGCACUCAACUGCUCACAUUCAUUCUGUCUGCUCUGUCUGGAAAAGUGGACUCGCACUGCCAAUGCCUACAAUCUACAUGGAUCAUGUCCCAUCUGUCGUUCCCCAAUCACGUGCUGCUGUCCCUCACUCGUGGUGGACAAUUUCAUAGAGCAGGCCGUGAACUUGAUUGGAGGGGAGUACAAGGCUGAUCGGGAGAGGGCGGUCAAUCGAAGUAAACGAUUCAAAAAACGGUGAGUUUGUGAGACAUUUGUAGUGCCUCCAUCGACCGAGUCAUUCAAAUGAAUACUAAAAAGGUGGACAAGACUCCCGUCCCCCCCAAUUCGGGUUCCCACGUCUCUCACCAUUGCAGGGUCGAGCAGUCGGCCUAAUCCUCGAGUGCUG